CUUCUCCUGCUUCAUCUUCUUUCUCUCUCCUAGGGUUAGGGUAUUGUCUCUUUGUGUUUCUCUUUGGAGCUCUCUGUAGUUUGUCUCCAAUGGCUCAACAAGACGCUCAGAACGGCGUGUCGGAGAAUGUCGCUGCUGUGUCCUUCGUCGCUGUGAAGCCCCAGCUGCUUGUGGAAGCUCCAAAGGCGAACGACGCCGUUCAGUUCUACAAGGCCGCGUUUGCCGCAGAGGAGGUUGGCCGUACACUGAACCCUAAGCGCAAAGCAGAGCACGAGCUUCCCCUCAUUCUCUCAGCUGAGCUUAAGAUCGCUGGCUCCUCAUUUCUCGUCGCUGAUAUCGUUGGUGACUCUGCUCUACCAGCGAAGACUGGCGGAAACGCUGUCGUUUUGUGUCUCGAGACUGAGGAUGUGGAAGGGGCCAUAGCCAAGGCCGUGAGCGCCGGAGCAGUCGCGGAAGGCGAGGUGGCGGAAAGUGAAGGCGCGUGCGGUGGAGGGCGCGUGGGGAAGGUGAAGGAUCCGUACGGUUUUGUUUGGAGUUUCUGCUCUCCCGGGAAGAAAUGUGCUGACGCGGAAGCUUAAUGGCCGUUUAGAUCUCGUGAUGUUCUUCUGACUGUUGCGAUUUUCUGUUCUGUUUUAGUUGUAGCGUAGCAAUGAUGAUGGAAAGGACCUACUUAUGUCUAGACAAAGACAAGUCUGUUUUAGUGGAUUACUAUUUUAUCAAG